AUGUCUCAACCUUUGGCGCCUCGUCCCAGCCAAGGGCCAGACUCUCCGGAGGGGUUGGCACAUUCACGGCGUCCUCGAAAGAUAUCGACUGCUUGUGGGGCUUGCAAGCAGAGGAAAACCAAAUGCAGUGGCGGUACACCCUGUAGUGCAUGUGCCACGAGAAGGACCCCGUGUGUCUACGAUGCCACUUCUGAUCAACGGCGGAAGAUUGCCAACCAACGCAACGUCCAAGAACUAGCAGACGCCCUCCUCCAACUCGAGAGACAUAAGCAGCUGCUGGGCGGCAUCAUUGCGACCAUCAGGGCGGGCGACAAUACCGCCAACGAGGAUCUGAUUCGCGUAAUACGCUCUGGCGUUGACCUGUCGCAGCUGGCGGCACAUGUACGCAACGAAUGCCGAUCAAACAUUGCCAUUCAACAGGUGUACGACCAGAUCGAUUUCAACAUUGACGGGCCUCGAGAAUUACCAUCUCCAACCCAAGUACUUGGUGGGAUGGCACCCGGAGGAGAACUCAAGCUCACUGCUUCCCUCACGUCGGAAUCAAGCAGCGACAUUGGCAGAAAUCAAGGUUGA